CGAGUCACUACCGCCGCCCGCCCGGAGCCGAGCGCCUUCUUCGCCGCUCCGCCCGCGCCUCAGGCUCCAGCCUUAAAGAUGGAAAUGACAAGUGUGUCCCUGAAACGUGGGUGCCUCGUUGUGGAAGAUAAUGACAGUGUGACCCCGCAAGAGGAGACAAAGAAACAGAAGGUGUCUGAGGGCUGUCUGACCAGCAGUCAGGAUGGGGUAGAGAAUGUCGAUCUACGCCACAGUGAGAACAAGCCUGGGGCUCCAGAAGCUGAAAGCACUGUGAAAGACGUCGGGAAUUCCAGCGCUCAGGUGCAGGAGGAGGAGGUGGAGGAGGAGGAAGACGGCCUUUCAGAGGCAGGGGAAGAGGAGGAAGCGGAGAGUUUUGCGGAUAUGAUGAAGCAUGGGCUCACUGAAGUUGAUGUGGGCAUCACCAAGUUCGUGAGUUCCCAUCAAGGCUUCUCGGGAAUCCUAAAAGAAAGAUACUCUGACUUUGUGGUUCACGAAAUCGGGAAAGAUGGACGGGUCAGCCAUUUGGAUGACUUAUCUGUUCCAGUGGACGAAGAGGACCCUCCAGAAGAUGCUCUCACUGUCCUGACCGCUGAGAACAAGCAGCAGUUGGAGGAGCUUCAGCUUUUCAAAAAUAAAGAAACCAGUGUUGCCAUCGAGGUAUGCAGCACAGGAAGUGAGGUCUCAGGGCUGGCCUGUUGGGUGGAUGAGGUCAGAGCUGCGGCAGAUCCAAGAAAACAUUCUUGGCCAAAAUCCCGGGGAAGUUACUGCCACUUUGUUCUCUACAAGGAAAACAAAGACACCAUGGAUGCCAUCAAUGUCUUAUCCAAGUACCUGCGGGUAAAACCAAACAUAUUUUCCUAUAUGGGAACCAAAGACAAAAGGGCUAUCACAGUCCAGGAGAUUGCUGUUCUCAAGAUAAGUGCACAAAGACUUGCCCACUUGAAUAAGUGCCUGAUGAACUUUAAGCUCGGGAACUUCAGCUAUCAGAAAACCCCUCUGAAGUUAGGAGAGCUUCAAGGAAACCACUUCACUGUUGUUCUCAGGAAUAUAACAGGAACUGAUGAGCAAGUGCAGCAAGCCAUGCAGUCUCUAAAAGAGACUGGCUUCAUCAACUACUACGGCAUGCAGAGAUUUGGGACCACAGCUGUUCCGACGUAUCAGGUUGGAAGAGCAAUUCUACAAAAUUCCUGGACAGAAGUCAUGGAUUUAAUAUUGAAACCCCGCUCUGGAGCUGAAAAGGGUUACUUGGUGAAAUGCAGAGAAGAGUGGGCCAAGACCAAAGACCCAGCCUCUGCCCUCAGAAAGCUACCGGUGAAAAGGUGUGUGGAGGGGCAGCUGCUCCGCGGACUUUCACAGUAUGGAAUGAAGAAUAUAGUCUCUGCAUUUGGCAUCAUACCGAGAAACAACCGCUUAAUGUAUAUCCAUAGUUAUCAGAGCUAUGUGUGGAACACCAUGGUGAGCAGGAGAAUUGAGGAGUAUGGGCUGAGGCCUGUGCCGGGAGACCUCGUUCUCAAAGGAGCCACGGCCACCUAUAUUGAGGACGGUGAUGUUAAUAACUACUCCAUUCAUGAUGUGGUGAUGCCUUUGCCUGGUUUUGAUGUUAUCUACCCCAAACAUAAAAUUAGCGAGGCCUACAGGGAAAUGCUUGCUGCAGACAACCUUGAUAUUGACAACAUGAGACACACGAUUCGAGAUUACUCUUUAUCAGGGGCCUACCGGAAGAUCAUCAUCCGGCCUCAGAACGUCAGCUGGGAAGUUGUUGCAUAUGAUGAUCCUAAAAUUCCACUUUUCAACACGGAUGUGGAUAACCUAGAGGGAAAACCACCGCCAGUCUUUGCUUCUGAAGGCAAAUACAGGGCUCUGAAGAUGGACUUUUCUCUUCCUCCUUCUACUUACGCCACCAUGGCCAUUCGAGAAGUGCUCAAAAUGGACACCAGCAUCAAGAACCAGACCCAGCUAAACACAAGCUGGCUGCGAUGAGAAGGGGCGGGCCUGCUUCUGACCUCCUGCUCUGGUCUUUUUUAAGUGCUGAUUCAUGUUUGAAAUUUGAAACUUUUAUAGUAAAGGAUUAUUUGUAUUUUGUAAAGUUUUUAUCAGCUUAACUACUUUGAAAUAUUUGUACACAUAGACAUCCUGAGGAUCCUAAUUAUAGCUCAGAAAAUAUAAAUUGGUCAGAAUAUCCUUUAGGUGCUUAAAUUCUAGUACAAUAUCAGCUUUGUGGCUUUAUAACAAUAAAGGGGACUUUGGUUUAAA